GUAGAGCAUUUAGAGAAAUCAGGAAGUAGAGUACUGUAUAUGCAAGUUUGCUAUCACUAUCUGCUCUUGCGUUGGCACACAGGCAGGUGUCUCUGUUUCUGGUAUUUAACAACUUGGAUUUUCCUUGUGUGGCAUUCAGACACGAGAGCUUGGAAACUGCUUUUUUGGCACAGCUGAGAGGGACACCUUAAAGAAAACAUUAUUUUGGGACCAAAUGUACACCUGGAAAUGGCAAAAUGUACCUUGAGGGAGAGAGACAUAAAAAGGCUCCUGUAGAAAUCAUCUGGUGGAAAGAAUAACUGCUUCUAGAAAGAAUGUCAAGGCGAGGUCAUUGUGAUGUGCUCAUAGUCCAUGGCUGUGAUGCAUUAACGUGGUGCCAGUAUCUUAAGGAACUCUUUAGAACAAGCUAUGAACUCCAAAAUCUACACACUGAAAGCUAUGAAAUAAAUGAGGAUCCAAUAGAACAAGAAGAUUUUAUCACAUUCCGGUCCAGCAAAUGCAUAGUGACUCUCUUAUCUGAAGACUUGGCAGAAAGUUUUAACAACCAAAUUGUCCUGGCUGACUUGCAGAGAGUUCUGACCCCUGCAAAUAAAAUACUUGUUCUCUAUUGUGGAGUAACAGAUUACGAGGAUUUCUCUUGCUUUUUCAAAGACUGGACACAAUGGAAGAAGCUUUCCAGUGAUGAUGACUCUGAUCUAUAUAUUGAAGCGGUUAAAGAGAAAAUCUGGCAUGAUCAUAAAAAAUGUGAAAACAUUUCUUUCACUUCUUCCUGGAAUGCUGACAGAAAGGACAUAAGACAAAAACAAAAAGAUUCUGGGUUUGAUUCAGUCACAGAUUCAGAAGAUGACAAGGCUAAAAGAACCUCUGCACCUCAUGUUGAAAAGCUGCAACCAACUUCAUUACCGGAAAACCACAGAAAUCUGAUUUGUGUACAACCAGAGCGGAUCCACUGUGGGGACAAAACUCAAAUUUAUUUAAUUUUCAAAUGUAAACUCGAUUGCCAAGUUAAAAAUGAAGUAUAUUUCAACCCUCAAAAUGGACAAUCUGUUCGGGUGCAUGCAACUUUACAAAAUGAAUAUAUUCUUACCGUGGAAGCUCCUGACUUACCAGCAGGACUAGUAUUUCUAAAUGUUUUCUCUGGUGAUUUACAAAUUUGCGAGGCCAAAAUAAGUUAUUACACUGACAUGGAGGAGUUAAGUUACUUGCUACAAAAUGCAACAAAUCCAGUUGAAUUCAUGUGUCAGGCAUUUAAAAUCGUGCCCUACAGCAUAGAGGCAUUGGACAAGUUGCUGACAGAAUCCUUAAAGAACAACAUUCCAGCAAGUGGGCUCCAUUUGUUUGGCAUAAAUCAAAUUGAAGAAGAAAAUUUAAGUGCAAAUCAUAGAGAUGAAGAAUUACCGACUCUUCUUCAUUUUUCUGCAAAAUACGGGCUAAAAAAUUUGACUGCUCUUCUUCUAACUUGUCCUGGAGCCCUACAGGCAUAUAGCGUGUCAAAUAAAAGUGGAGAUUACCCAAAUAAUAUCGCAGAGAAAUAUGGCUUCAAAGACCUCCGGCAGUUUAUCGACGAAUAUGUUGAAACUGCUGAUAUGUUAAGGACACACAUCAAAGAGGAAUUAAUGAAUGAAGAGGAUGUGGAUGACUGUACAUAUGAGUCCAUGGCCAACAUCUCCACUGAUCUGUUGAUGAAAUGUUCUCUGAAUCCAGGGUGUGAUGAUGAUCUGUAUGAAUCAAUGGCUGGCAUGGGGCUUCCUACUGAAGAAGAGAUCUAUGUCGAUAUGCAAACUAAAGGGGCCCAACUCGCAUCUUCAGAACACAUCAUUACUGCUAAAGACUCAGUAAUACGUAAAAUUUUGGAAGGAGGCAAUUUGGAUAUAACAAAUGAAGCUGAAGACUCUCACCAUCAUCCACAAGAUGAUUUAUAUGAUACAGUAGAGGAAGACACAUCAUGCAACGAGUCUGCAUACAGGCCUCCUCUUCCCGUUCCAAGAACUAACCAACCUCCAGAAACUAAACGAUACAGUUCCCAGGUAUUCAAAGAAAAAACACAAACAAGAAGCGAAAAUAUUUAUGUAAGUCAGCAUCGUAUGGUAAAAGGCGCAAGUGUGAAGAUAAAAAGAGACAGGUCACAAUCAAGUGUAUAUGAUCCGUUUGUUGGUAUGAAAACCCCUGGUCAGCGUGAAUUAAUAACACUGCAAGAGCAAGUAAAAUGUGGAAUGAUAUCUGUGGAUGAAGCUUUGCAACAGUUUAAAGAGUGGCAAUUGAAUCAGAAGAGAAGGUCUGACUCAUUUAGAUUUCAGCAGGAAAAUCUGAAAAAGUUACGGGACAGUAUAAAUCGCAGAAAAAAUGAACAUAAAAAAAAGAAAGCCAAAGAUUUGAAAAUCACUGAGCCCAUUCGACGUGGCAAGAAUACGGAAACAAAUACAAUACAAUACAAUACAAUACAAUAUGGUAUCUAUAAUCCAGGUCCCAUGCUGCAUGCUCCUCCAAAAAGAGAUAUCACACGAGGGAACUGGAAGAAUGACAGCACCUCCAGUACUGCAAGCAGUGGCAGCAACCGAUCUAGCACCAGAAGCAUAAUGAGCACAAGCAGUGGCAUGGAAGGUGACAGUGAGGAUAAUGAAUAUGUGGAGACUUUCCCAAGGCAUAGCUCUAUGCAACCUGUAAAAGAAGAAAAUCCACCAGCCAGACCACCCAAAAUUCCAAACCGAAGGCCAAUUCCCACUCCUCCGGCCACAAAAACUCAUCCACCUCCUGUGCCACCCAGAGGUCGAUGAUAUUAUUUGCUCAACAAGUGACAUUAUUACUUAACUUUAUUUAAAACCCCUUGACAAUGGCUUGCUCUCACUCUCAAUAGUGAAGACUGUACUCUCUCCUCUCAAGUUAAGCAGAAGAGGUACAUCAGACUGGAGCUGCUGAAUUAAUAUAUGAAUGUGGCAGUUUUCAGAAGGAAGCCAUUACCAAUCAUGAACUUACCUAUCUAGAGCAAGACUGUCUGUUCAUUAAGAAGGGACCUACAUGGGGCAUGUGGUUUAAGAGUAACAAUUGUUAAUUGCCCUUGAAAAUGGAGUCUAAAAAGUGUUCUAAAUGAGUAAUAUUAUGCCUGAAGUACUAUGAUUUACUGCACUGUUCUUGUUUUUCUGACUCUUGUGUCAUACUAAAGAAUAUAAUAAAUGUUCAUUCUCUGAAGUAACAAGGUAGUAAAAGGUGAACAAAAAAUUAAUGUUCUAAAGUGAUAUCUGCUUUGUGGUUCUGCACAUGUAUAUUGGACUAAUACUCUACAUGUAUGCAACUGCAGCGUAAUAUUAGCUGCCUUUGUGGGUCAUCAGCUAAAAUAACCAACGGGUAAUCAAGCCCUAGGCAAAAUAAUCCCUUCAGGCCCUGUCCUAUAAUCAAGCCAGUUGCUUAUCCGCCACAACUCCCAGCACUCAAAGGUAUUCUUAGUGAAUGCUGGAGGUUACAGGCUGGCUCAGGCUGACAUUAAGAGGUUAUUUAUCAAAAUCCAUUCUCACUAUUUCUGAAAACCACUCCAACCAAAUCCUCACUGACUUUUUCCCCCUAUUUGUCAAUACAUUUUCACAAAAAAUUUUGUGCGGAAAAACACUCUAAAAUCAUGAAAAAAAUCCAAAUCGUACAAAGUUUUCAGAUUUGUCGCAGGAAAUUACGACUUUUUCGUAUUUUACGCCCAAAACCUGCAACUUUUUUGGAUUAUGGCCUAAUAACCACUUCAUAUCUUUGGAAUACUGAAUGAAAACCAGCUCAAAUCAGGAUAUCCUCCAAUUGUAAACGGGACAUCUUCCAUUGACUUCUACAUGAACUCGGCAGAUCUGAGAUGGAGUUGGGAUUUAAUAA